UGCCGCCGGCGCUUCCCCGCGCCUCGCCCCGCACGGGCGGCCACCACCCCCCCCCCCCUCCCCUAAGAGAGCGCCCAGCCCGGCGGAGAAGCGAAGGCGGCUACGGCGGGAGAAGGAGCAAAGGGACAGAGCGGCCGCUCAGCUGAAAAAGAGCCCUCUCCUAAUAAAGCGAUGGGGCCUCGGCGCCGCGCUCCCCGCGCCCUAUAAAUAGGCUGGGAGCGCGGGCUGCGGGCUUCGGCCGGCGCGGGUGCGGUGCGGUGCGGUGCAGCCGAGCGGAGCCAGACCGCGGGGAGCCGGACCGCCCGGCCCCUCGCCCCCCGCCGCCGCCGCCAGCCCAGCAAGAUGCCCCGGGUAGACGCAGACCUCAAGCUGGACUUUAAAGAUGUCCUGCUCAGACCUAAAAGAAGCAGCCUCAAAAGCAGAUCAGAGGUUGACCUCACACGCACCUUUACCUUCCGCAACUCCAAGCAGACAUACACAGGAAUUCCCAUUAUAGUGGCAAACAUGGACACUGUGGGGACAUUUGAAAUGGCCGUGGUUAUGGCAAAACAUGCAAUGUUCACCGCAAUUCACAAGCAUUAUUCUCUGGAAGAAUGGAAACUGUUUGCUGCCAAUCACCCAGAAUGCCUUGAGCAUGUAGCAGUAAGCUCAGGUAGUGGAAAAGCUGAUUUGGACAAGUUAACAAGGAUUCUAGAGGCCAUUCCACCUAUAAGAUACAUCUGUCUGGAUGUGGCAAAUGGCUAUUCAGAGCAUUUUGUGGAGUUUGUGAAGACUGUCCGUGACUUGUUUCCGCAUCACACAAUUAUGGCAGGCAAUGUGGUGACAGGAGAGAUGGUAGAAGAACUUAUUCUUUCUGGAGCAGAUAUUAUUAAAGUGGGUAUUGGACCAGGUUCUGUGUGUACCACUCGGAUUAAGACGGGGGUGGGCUAUCCGCAGCUAAGCGCUGUUAUUGAGUGUGCAGACUCUGCACAUGGCUUGAAAGGACAUAUCAUCUCUGACGGUGGAUGCAGCUGCCCAGGAGAUGUCGCCAAAGCAUUUGGAGCUGGUGCUGAUUUUGUCAUGCUUGGAGGAAUGUUUGCAGGCCAUGACCAGUGUGCUGGAGAGAUUAUGGAAAAGAAUGGCAAGAAGGUGAAACUCUUCUAUGGAAUGAGCUCUGAUACAGCCAUGAAGAAGCAUGCAGGAGGAGUUGCUGAAUACAGGGCUUCGGAAGGCAAAACUGUGGAAGUUCCAUACAGAGGGGAUGUGGAACUCACCAUCCUGGACAUCCUUGGGGGGCUGCGCUCCACCUGCACCUAUGUGGGAGCUGCCAAACUCAAGGAACUGAGCAGGAGAACAACAUUUAUCCGGGUCACGCAGCAACACAGUCAGGUCUUCUGUUAGCCAAGGACAGGGGGUCUGGAGAGAGGGGUGGGGGAGAGGAGCAGGAAGGGCUUCUGCUUUGUUUAGCUUUCUCCUCUGCGCUGUGUUAGUGGCAAACUCUCCUCUCUCUGAAUGGCAGUGUCAUAGCCAUUGGAGGGGCUAUGGCCGGGAUUUGGAAGGGGAAGGUCGUGCUGUUAACACAGUACCAUUGGUUCAAAAUGCAAUAGCCUCAUCUUUUAUUGUUGUGCCUAUUUUAUUUUUUAAUCAACAUUUCUUUACCUGUUUUUUCCCCUCUCUGAUAAAUAGCUGCUGAAACCUGAAUUACCAAGGAACUGGCUUGUACAGACAUGGCUGUUAGGCCUGCACACAUACACACAUUCCCUUUUUUAAGACUGACCUGUCAGCUACCACUGCUUCUGGCAUCGCAGCCUCUAGAAAUUGCAGGCUGGGAAAGAAAAAGAUGCAAGGAAUUACACGGAGAAAUCCAAAAUCGAAUUAUCUUAAUCGUUGUUCUGGCAAUAGAAUGUAUGUUUGUGGCACGGCUGCCAGCCUGCAGAAUGUCAGAGGGGGAUGGUGGAUGAAGCCUGGCUACUAGUAACUUCUUACUGUGAUGAUAAAAAUGCCAGACCUCUUGCACUCUUUAAGUUCACAGGGCUGGUACUGCUGUUUAAUCUCCCUAUUCAAUGGCCUUGCCUCUUCAGAGAAGCUAGCAUUGAAUGUAGUAAACCUGUGCUGUCACCCCUGCCCCCAUCUGUGGAGGUCAUUCUGGAGAAAGCUGCUUAGAGCUUGCUUGCUUUUUCGUGCAAUCAGUUAUUGAAUUACCUGUGUUCCUGCUUUUACCUCCUCUCUGUGAACAGAUUUCUAAGGCAUUGAAACUCAGCACUGGUAACCUCACUGAGGGGGGUGAGGGUUUCUGCCUGUUCCCCUGCUUGUUCAUAUCCAUUUAGCAAAGAUGUAAACAUGCUGUGCUGUGCAUUGUCUGUGGCCAGGUGAAUGAGGCUGGAGGGAUCAGAUUCACUGGUGGUUAUUUAGCACCACUCCUUUGCAGUCCUUGGCUCCAUGAAAAGGAAGAGAGCUUUCAGCCCAAUAGCCCAACUGCAAGGCACAUUGUUAGGCUGAGACGGAGUUACAGCAUUUGCUGUAAAGGCAGUAAUGAAUGUUUAAGACUCUGGGUAACACUUUAACAAAGUGUAAUGUCCCACUAAUUAAUUGAUAAAUCAAAAAGAAAUUUAUUUGGAAAUACACAUCACAUCCACGUGAAUACCACAGCAGCUCAUUAUGAUAAAUGAUGUAAAAGUGAGGACCAAUGUAUUAAUAAUGCUUGGCCACUUAAUUUAAAGUGCUGCUGAGAUCAUAAUACAGCAGAUACUACUUCAGUACUUCACAGUCUUGCUUUCCCUUGCUGUAGGUAUCUGUAGAAAGAGGCAGGCCAUUUUAAAAGCAAACGAGUCAUCUGUAGGAACAGGAAAGAAAAACUCCAGAAUUAAACUGAUAUGCUGGGCUGCUCACAAAGCCAUGCAGAAGGAUUGGUACAAUUGACCAUGCUGAGGAGCAGACCUAGGCCACAGGCAGAUCCCUGAUCAUGCUGGUGUGUUGUGCACAUCAGAAAAAGCAGAGAGUAUCUUCUUAGUAGCCUGGUGUUCUAAAUGCCUUCCAUGUAACAUGCAGGACAUCAUUUUUAUUUAUGGUAUGACCCUUUCCUCUGCUUUGGAGGUGAAUACGGGCCUUAAUUGUGAGCACAGUUUACGCAUCUGCUGGCUUUAAGGACCAUUUGUCCUGCCUGCGUACCAUAAAGGAACCUGAAUGCAGAAGAGGAGCAGACCCUGUGAAUAAAGGACCUGAUCUCUGUUCCCUCCAACCUGAAAGCAUCACAUAAAGGAGAUGCCAGGCUUCUUUACCACCAACCACAUACUGCUCUUCCCUGAGUACAGACAGCAUUGCUACUCCUCAUCAGUAUGGCUGUAGGAGCUCACUGUUCCUUAUGGGUAUGAUGUGAAGGGUAGGGGUGCAAAGGCAACCAAACACCUCCGUCAGGAGUGGGGUCAGACCAUCAGGGUGCAGGCCUGACCACAGGUGUGUCUCCACACUCGUGCCUUCAUACGUGGGAAGUGCAGCAGUCUGCUGGUCUCACGCCUACUCUCGCUAGUGCUUUUCUACUUUUUUUAGCUCCAUUCCUAAAUGGAAUUCAAGAAAUACAUAUACCUAUAAAAUAUAUAUAUAUUUGUAAACAUUUUUUUAAAAAGUCAUAUGCACAUUGAACAGCUUCAUGACAUGUCUUCAGAACAGUUUAUUUUCCAAAGGGCAGGUGCUGGGGUGGGGGAACCGUGUCUCCACAGGUGUGGCAACACUGCCAGCCAGGCCAGGGGCCACGCUGAAACCCCUUCCCCAUUCACACAUACCUCAGACUGACCAGUGACUAACAGGAAAGGAUGGUUCGACUAAUCUUAAGUUGUCCUGUGAAUUCUCCAAGGCUGUGAAUGACAUUGACACUAAGAAUAGCUCCUGAUAAAAGUUUUGACUUACGGUACUUGGUUUUCUAAAUAGCAGCUCUUACCAUAAUUUUGAUAAGCAGUACUUUCCAUUUUCUCCUUCUCUCUCCAAAGUGAGUGGGAGAGAGAAAUCAGCUGCAGAAAGGCUGAGCUGGUGGCAUGUCUGCAUGUCAUCCCAUAUUAUAUGUGAGGUUUGUUCAGGGAUAACCCUCAAUUAUGUCAGUGCUCACCAUUCUACGUGUCCGGCUCUCAGACAGGGUGUAAAAUGUAAAAAGAUAUGAGCUUCAGCCCUCCUUUAACAUCCAGUCCUGUGCUCUAGUAGCUGUCACUAUCUUCACUUAGCCCGCAGAUCCUGUGCCCUGCUCCAUCCUGCUUCCACACUUGAACUGGAGCAGACAGGGAGCUGAGGGUGCCAGCAGGAUGGUCGAGGCAGAGACCACAACCACUGACAAACGCCACGUGCCAUUUAUGGAUCUACCUCACCUGCACAUUUAACAGGGGUCUCUGUUACUUGGUGUCCCUCUGGGGACAUGAAGUCUGUGAAAUCUGUGAGUGCUUAGUGUUGGGUGAUGCUGCAUGACUGGGUCUUCCUUAACCCAACUCCAUCCUGUCUAGGGAAUGCUGUGAGUGUGUGAAGCUGCACUGUAGGCCAAGGUCAUGCCUGCUUCCUCCUGUCAGGCAGCUGUCAAGCUGAGCACCUGAGAGCAACAUUGGGGCAGUGCUGCGGUUUGGCCCGCUGGCUCGGCAGUGAUUUAGUUUCACAUACCGAAGACCUACAGGCAGGGAUGCUGAAAAGGACAACCUUACAUCAUUAAAGCAAUCCCCGCUGGGCCUGUCCAUCUCUGGCUUCUUGAAACAUAGGGACACUUAAAACACUCCCGCUGCUCCCAGUCAUUCUGGUGUCUCUGUCCUGUGGCAUGAUUUGCAUGGAACCCUCCAGGCCUGGCAGCCUGGCUUACCCCACCUCUCCCUGGGGAGGAAAGUUGUGGCACAGCAGCAGCCUUGCUCAGGCCCAGGGGAUUGUGUGGCAGCUGUGGGCAGUGCACGUGCCUCAUAGGCACGAGGCCUGCCUGUUGGAGGAGUGGGACAUGAGUCCGUGUCCUGCCGGAUGCAAAGCAAGCCACACAGGUCUCCUUUCUCUGAAAGAAACAAGUGCACACACCCACAGGUGCAUGCCUGCCCUUCUCAUCAGGGGCUGGCUCACUCCCAUCAGGCAUAGAGGAGGAGCUUCAGUUGUGCUCUUCUGUGCACCUGUCUUCUCACCUUAGGGCAUGGCAGGGGCCUGUAGGGCCACCCUGUAAAUAUGAAGAGUUGUCAGCAUUGGCAGGAGGAGCCUCUGCUUACAUUUGGAGGAGCUUUUCCCUUAGAAAAUGUGUCUGUGUCUUCCUUUCAGCUAGUCCAGGGAGAAAGGAUGGUGGUGAGCAAGAAACGUAGCAGCACUUAGCCCACUGUGUUGGGACAGGGGGCUGAUGUUUUCCAGUCCCAGACACGAGAGUUGGAAGCCUUUUCUGAACUCAAGCACUCCCUUAAUUUAUACCUAUUGAGCUCCACUUGCUAGAACAGACUUGCUGCUACAGCUUUCUGCCAGUGUAUGUACAGUGUUUGCCCAUCAUCACUGCCUCCCACCCCUGGGGAUGUUGCUUUUUAGUCACUAGUAUCAGUUUUACACCAAAAGCUCUUUGUUGGAGCCAGGAGGGUUUUUGCAAACAGUGGCAAGUUUGGCCUUGCUUGUGUGUAAGAGAGAAAAAAAAAUAAAUAAAAAGGAAGGAAAAAAAUAAAGGAACUAAAAAAAAAAAAAAAGCCAAGGCCCAAGAACAGCAGUUUGCCUUCUGCAGCAGCCCGAGCCAGUGGGCAGGAGAGGGCCAGACCCUUCCCUGCAGGCUGGGAGUUGCCCCGGGGGCAGCUGGGCCCGAAACACGUCUGGGUGAGAUGCUGGCCCAGCUCCGUGCCCCUAAACACAGCAUGGACCACCCCCUGCAGCCUUCGCUUUGCUUGUGGACAUUCAGAUGUUCAAGGGAGCCCUCCAGCAUUUAGUUGACAUAGUGUUUGCUAGUUGAAGGUUUCGUACUUGCAUACUUCAGAGUCCCAAACUCCCUGGCGUUGCCUGCGAUCACUGCGAAGCGCUUCUGCCUACUCGGUCAAAAAGAGCUGAUGAGUGUUGGAUGUUUUCCUGCGGUGGCAGCGCUGCCUCCCCUCCUCACCUGUAGCAACCGCGUGUGCGCGGUGCCCGCCGCGCGCCCGGCACCGGCCUGCCAGCUGUUUUGGAAGUUGCAAAUGGGAAGUUUUUGUUCUGCAAUAAAGAGCUUCACUCUGAUGGUCUGGAGAGGA